AAACAAUAUUAAAAUCAUUUCCAAUUCGAACCUUCCAAGACUGCCUCUCUCUCUCUCUCUCUCUCUCUCUCUCUUCUCGGAUUGAAAUUUUUUGAAUUGGCGUGCGAUGUUCGGCGGCGACGCCAUGAUUGCACUUUUCUGUAUGGAUUGGGGGAUGUGAAAUUCCUCAAUGUUUAGGGCUCUCUGAUUGCCUCAUCUGCUUUGCUGUUGCUAGCACAAGCUCUUGUUGAUUAAAAUACUAGAUGUUUUAGCAGACUAGUCAACCGUCUGAUAAGGGACAAGGGAAACUUAAUACCAUUGGAGCUGAUUUACUUUGCAUUGUUGGGUUGGCAGAUAUAGUAAGCCUCAGGAUAUGGGAUGCCUGGUAUCAACACCGAAGGAUACUGGUGGAAAUAGAAGGAAGCCGGGAAACAUUGGGGAAGUUUCUGUAUAUGUUCCUGGUUUUCGGAUUCCUAAACCUGUUGAUUUCUUCCAGUCACUUGGUGAUCACUUGACCAAGAAUUUAGCGGAACGCCUAGUUGCUCUAAGAACUCGUAUUGUUGUAAUGGCUGGUCAAGAAGCUCCAACAGUCACAAGAACGAGGAGAAAAACCCAACAUGGAGGUUCAACCUUGGCUGAUCUUCAGCAGGCUCUGGAAGAUUACUUGCCUGUUCUUUUAGGACUAGUUAAAGAUGGAAGUCAGCUACAAUACAAGGUACAAUUUGUAUGGGUGAAUCAGGAGGAUGAGGCAGAGGAAACAGCCAUGUCUAAUGCUUGGUAUGAGGUGUUGUCAGUUUUGCAUUUGAUGGCAAUGCUAUCAUUAUCACGGGCCAACUUAUUACUUCUUCCAAGAACACCUGCUGAUGGUCAUCAGCCAAAGGUAUCAGAAGAUAAUAGACGUGCUUCAAUUGAUAUUUUCUUGAAGGCAGCAGGAUACCUAGAUUGUGCUGUUCGACAUGUUCUCCCACAGUUGCCUGCUGAACUCAGGAGAAAUCUUCCAGUGGACCUAGCAGAAGGAGUUCUUCGAGCACUUAGCCUACAAGCAUUGGGACAGGGUGUUGACAUACAACUUGGAAUGGCAAUUGAUAGUACCAAAGCUACUCUUGCAGUAAAGCGAAGACUUGCAUGUGAGAUGGUGAAGUACUGGCAGCAGGCUCAAGAUAACAUAAUGAACCUCCCACUAGCAAAUGGUUGGGGGGAAAAGCAUCGUCACUUAGUGAAGUGGAAAUAUGUCGAAGCGAAGGCUGCAGCAUAUUAUUAUCAUGGUUUGAUCCUUGAUGAGGGAAACACAGAAAAAUACCAUGGGAUGGCUGUAGCUGCUUUGCAAGCGGCAGAUGAGUAUUUCAAAGAAAGUAGGAAGGCAUGCGAGGCAUUUAAUACAUCUCUUCCUCUGUCAAGAUAUCCGCCACUUUGGGGAACCAUGAAGUAUCUCUCUGAGAAAAUUCCAAAAGACACUUCAAGCAAGGUUCGGAUAAACCGUGAUCUGUACUCUUAUGAAAGAAUCAUGGAAACGGCACCAACAUUGCCUGACUUUGCAUUGGCCCUGAAACCCGAUGAAUAUCAACUUCCUCCAGUGGACCCCUCUUGGAACGAGGAGAAGAUAAAUGGAGGGCAAACUGGCAGCAUCCAGCUCAAGGGUGACAGGAGAUAAGCAUUUAUAAUGUUUUUCAGAUUACAACGGCACAGGGGCCACUCUUAAACACGGAAAGCCCAUUUCAAACCCAGGUGGACUACCAUUCUUCAAUUGUUGUGUACCAAAGGUCACUUUUUAGCUGUGUUUCCCCCUCCCCCCCCCUUUUUUUUUUUAAUUUUUUUGGGGUCCCUUAUCUCCCGCGACGUAUAUGACCUACCCUACCCUUUGAUAGAGCUUUGUACAAGUUGCUGUUGUGUGCCAGUCGUUACACAAAAGAAUAAAAAAAAAAAAAAAAAAAAAAAAGUUUCAUUUGCUCAUUCGCAAAUAAUGUCUAUUUUGCAUUUUUGUUUUUGUUUUUUGGUUCAUGUUUGAUAGAAAAUAAGGCACUUGUUUGCCAUUAUAGGUGUUUUUUUCUUCCCCCUUUAUGCGAGCCACUGAAUCUGUCUGUCUUGUAGUUUAUCGGUUGUAAUUAUUGAAGCAUUGGAUGUACAAUGAUAAAACCAAAUGCCUGUUGAGUUUCCA